AAAACCCUAUCUCUUCAGAUGGAUGAUGCCUUUCUUUCUUUUCCAUGAAACCUUUGGCCUGUCACUUCUUUAUGUGUACCUCCAACUUUACAAAACCUCUUCUUUCUCUUGUACCUCAAUUUUCCUAGAAUCCUCGCCCCUCUCCAUUGCAAGUUUGCAAGCCGGACCUGGAGCUGUGGAGCAUACUACUGAAAAAAAAAUAUAAAAAAUAUACUAAGUACUUUAUUUCGACCUACAUUUUUCCAACAUGAGAUCUAUGACUUUGGUAGAUUCGUGGGUUCAGACCUGUUCAGUCUUCAAUCAACCAAAAACCCAUUAUAGGUCCUUCAAUGGUCUUAUCUACAAACCCAUGAAUAACCCCCAAUUCAAACCCAAUUUCCUCAAGCAAACGAAGCCCGUCUCUUCCUUCACCAUUUCAGCGAUCAUAACAAGGGAAGAAGAAACAAUUGAUGCCGAGAAAGACCAAGAAUCCAAGGACUCUUCGACCCUUUUCAACUUCAAAUCCUACAUGGUUGAAAAGGCCAAUAUAGUCAAUAAAGCAUUGGACGACUCCGUUUCCGUCAAGAACCCACCGAAGAUCCACGAAGCAAUGCGCUAUUCUUUAUUAGCCGGCGGCAAGAGGGUUCGUCCCAUGCUCUGCAUCGCCGCCUGCGAGCUCGUCGGGGGCCAUCAGUCUCAAGCCAUGCCGGCCGCCUGCGCUGUGGAAAUGAUCCACACAAUGUCCUUAAUCCACGAUGAUUUGCCGUGCAUGGACAACGACGACUUCCGGCGAGGAAAACCUACGAAUCAUAAAGUCUUCGGAGAGGACGUGGCAGUCCUCGCCGGCGAUUCCCUGCUGGCCUUCGCCUUCGAGUACAUCGUCACGGCGACCACAGGGGUAGCACCAGCCAGAGUCUUGGCCGCAGUUGGAGAAUUAGCAAAAUCAAUCGGGACUGAAGGCUUAGUCGCGGGCCAAGUUGUCGAUUUGGCCUCCACCGGACAGGCUGAUGUUGGAUUAGACCAGCUGGAAUUCAUUCAUCUACACAAAACGGCGGCGCUAUUGGAAGCCUCAGUAGUUUUGGGAGCAAUUUUGGGUGGUGGGACUCCAGAUGGAGUUGAAAAACUGCGGAGAUUUGCAAGGUGCAUUGGGCUGUUAUUUCAGGUGGUGGAUGAUAUUCUUGAUGUGACAAAAUCUUCCGAGGAAUUGGGCAAAACAGCAGGGAAAGAUCUUGUAACAGAUAAGGUUACUUAUCCGAAAAUGAUGGGGUUAGACAAGGCUAGGGAGUUUGCUGAGAAGUUGAACGAGGAUGCCAAACAGCAGUUGUCUGAAUUUGAUCCGGAUAAAGCAGCUCCUUUAAUUGCAUUGGCGGAUUAUAUUGCUCAUAGGGAUAACUAGAGUUUUGGGAUUCCAAGCUUUGUAUCUGAUCUAUGUUUAUAACAACAUUACUUAGAUUAUAGCUAAGGGCAAAUGGUAUACUUGUCUGAAGAUUUUCAGGAUCCCAAACUGCAGUUUCGGAUCAUUGUUGUAACUUUUUCCUUUAGCGCUAUUCCAUGAAAAGUUAGACCAUCUUGGCAUUUGCAUGUUUCUUUAUUUCCCACAAUGCAGCUGAAAACUGAUGUAUCUACCAGUAUAAGUAUGCAAUGCUGCGUUUAUCAGUGCAA